AUGGCUGCGCUGGUUCAAACAUAUCCUCAGCAAACUUCAACGGUGACGAUGCUCCAGACCCGACCGACUUCCGCUACAGGCAUGAUAUCCUCCAACCAAGGCCAGAAUGGCCACCAGUACGUGGGAACGCCGUCUCAAGCUCCCAGAUACGGUGCUGCCGCCCCAUCCGGAUACCGUGGCAGCUCGGCUCCUGUCCAACAAUACGCCUUCACGAGUACUCCGACUCUGAACCACGCCCAAGCCUGGCAGCAGCAGCAAGGACAACCCAUCCGAAACCAAGUCCCCAAUGCCAACUAUGGCAACCGUGGGUUCAGUUCAUCAAUGACAAACCUGCCCUACGCGAAUACCAUGGGUGUUGGCCAAACGGGCGCACGCGACGAUUCUGCUAUCCCGCAAAGGAGGAAUAUCGUACCCGCUCCUCGACCUCACUCCGCCUUCCUUGCCGGACCUACCCAGCAGCCAUAUUCCCCUACCUCAGCAAGCAAGGCUGCUCCCGAUAGAUACAGGCGACCGUCGAAUUCUCAACAGCAAAACCAGCACAGUCGCUCUCAAAGCACGACCCUUCCAGGAAACAACGGAAUGCCGACGGCGGCCCAGCUUUACAACGGGCCGAACCCGCAACGCGCGGCCGUCCUUAACCGACCUAACAGCUUCUACAACGCCAUCCCUGGCACAUCUAUGGAUGACAUGCAGCUGCCGCAGUCGCCCCUGGAUGACUCUAAGCGAUCGCGGCGGCGUAGCAUGCGGAGUGUUGAGUCGUCGGAGUCGUCGAGGGCUGUUGCGCAAGACAAGGUCAAGUCUGACACUCUCCGAGUCGUAUCCAAUCCUGCUGUGCAUUCGCGCAACGGCAGCUCCGAGAGCAUUGUUUCAAGCCGCAGCAGCCACUCGCGCCCAUCAUCGUCUGCCAACCGCAAUGUCUCAGCCCCCACUGGAAACCCCUCUUCCCUGGCAUCGAACGAAAGCACAUCUAAGCAGGAUCACGCCAAGUUGGUCAAUAUCCCACCUCGAGGCUCAUCUUCCGAUGCCAUCAAGCGCACAACCAAUCCCUCCCCUCUCUCCAGGCCUGCCACCAUGGCCAACGAUGUCUCUGACGACCCUGCACCGUCCAGCGCAGCAGCUAACCAUGCGGCAAGCGCGGGUAACCUAGAAACGCCAGCCGCUAGGCAGCUCGCGGCUAUUAACCAGAAAGGGCGCAAGGCCAAGAGCAAGACAUCUAGGCUGCGUCGCGCCUUUUCGUUUGGAAGCGCGGCCGAUUUCCGCAAGGCUGAUGGACCUGAUGGCGAGAGCGCCGACAAGACGGAACCCUCCAAGCUGCACAAGGAUCCAACCUCAGAUGAGGCUUACGAUGCUGAGCAAGCCCGCAUCGCCGAGGCGCAAGAAGCGGCAGGCCUUGGUCACAGCAUUUAUGGCGGUAGAUUCUUCGGCGGUUCGACAGACAACCUUUCUAUAUCGUCCACGGCCUCCUCGGCCUCCAUCAUGAUCCGGAAGAUGGGUCGGGGCAUGAAGAAGAGUGGACGGUCGCUGGUGGGACUUUUCCGACCUAAGUCAGUGAUUGGAGUCGCACCCGCAGAUGGACCUAUUCCCGAGGCCAGCCAGGCCGCUGUAUCGAUGAUUACUGUCGAGGCGGAGACGCAGCGAGUCAACGUUACUGCUGACCCCAAGCCCGCGGAUGGCUUUCCCCAUCUGGAGCGCAACUCGAUCGACACAAACCUGGGUGCUGAGAUUGCUGAGCGCUUGGGAAGCUCCGGCACGGACAACUCUAACUCGCGUAAGAGCAUUGUCGGUGGCGAUAGAGAACGUGCGGAAGUACUGGCCGCAGUCCGCAAGGGAAUCUUGAAGCGACCAGGCUCUUCUAGCCCUUCCACCCGACCAGCUGACACUUCUCCUGGCCUGGACCUCCCCAGUGUCCCGGCCAUUAAUGACUCACCCAACUCCAGUGCCCCGAGCACACCCAAUGAUGAGUCGCAAGGUCACCGUCGAACUGGCUCGAUCGCUAUUGGCAGCGAGGAUUACUUCAUGACUGCCCUUCGGCUGCGCCAGGACACCAAGAGCGCGCCUGGCACCCCUCAUGGAUCAGCCAAGCGCAACGCGACCUUCUCCCCUCGUCUGGUCUUUUACGACACCUGGCCUAGCCAGGAGUAUGACAGACGUGGCGAGAUUGCGACAUGCAACCGGUUGACACCCAUGCUGGCGCAGCAAAUCAAGGAGGAGCUUAAUACCUUCAAGAUGGAGAUGGAGGUUCACGAAAACUCAAAGAUCUACACGCACUUUUUCUGA